GGUCACUUUAAUCCCAACCUCCAUCUUUCAACAUCAACACGACACUACUCCAACCGUGUUUCUAUCAUCGUCUGAAUUGAUCGCAGCUGGCUUGCGACGUUUUGGAGGGUUUAUGCAUGUUCGAUUUCGUUGAGCAACGACCGUUUUUCGCGGUAUUUCCGCACCACACCCUCGGUAGACUGUCAGCAUUCAUUCCAUAGACCCGCAAAACAACAUAUCGCAAAAAAUGGAUGAAGAAGUAGACCGCCGCGACAGCAGCAGUCCCUUGCUGGAAAGGGAAGAUGGACAUAAUGUCUUCCACGCGCAACAGCCUGCGUCGCCGUAUUGGCCGCCCCGAAAGCGCACCGUGAUCGCGACGAUUAUGGCCUUUUUCCCUUUGGUCUUUCUCCUUCUUGGAUUGUCUGGCUGGAGCUUCGGCAACUCAAAUGUUCCUUGGUCGAAACUUCCGAAACGGCCACUCAUUGUUACUUUGCCCGGUUACGGCAGCUUCAAAGGCACGCAGAUUCUUGCAACGUACGGAUCGAAGACUGCGCUUCGCGCGCCAGUCGAUGCCUGGCUCGGCAUUAAUUAUGCGAAACCUCCCGUGGAAGAUUUGCGCUUUGCGCAACCAAAAUGGCCCGAUGCUUUCAAUGGAACGCAAGAUGCCGUAAAGUUCGGCCCGAUCUGUAUCCAAAACGCAGGGUGGAAUGUCCAAUCUGAGGACUGCCUCAACUUCAACGUUUUCCGCACGGCCGGUAUCCCAUUUUCGAGGAAAUUGCCCGUUUUUGCCUACGUCCAUGGAGGAGCUUUUGUUAUGGGCAAUGGUAGAGGUUUUGAUGGGGCAGCUUUUGUUGCGCAAAGCCAAAGGCCUAUUAUGGUCGUCACCUUCCAGUAUCGCUUGGGCGCUUUGGGAAGCCUACCAUCGAAGCUUUUCGAAGAGGAGAAUCUAUUGAAUUUAGGACUUCUAGAUCAAAGACUGAUGUUAGAUUUUAUUCAAGAAUACAUUGGGCAAUUCGGCGGCAAUCCUGACGAGGUAACGCUCGGGGGCCAAAGUGCUGGUGCGCACUCUGUCGGAAUACACCUUUUCCACAACUAUCGUGGCGAUAAGGGAAACCCGCUCUUUGCCAGAGCUAUCUUGUCAUCUGGCUCGCCGAUAGCACGCACUUUCCCAGAAGCGACCUACCCUAUAUAUGAACGACAGUUUACACAGUUCAUGGAAUACUUGAGCUGUCCACUUACGCCAAACGACAAGGCGCUGGAGUGCCUGCGUGCCGCACCUACAAGCGAUAUUCAGCAUAUUUCGCAAACAAUCUACAAGGCUUCGGAAUACAACAUCACCUGGCCGUGGCAACCAGUCUCACCAGGUCCCCUUCUCGAGAAACGCGGAUCAGACUCUGGCAGAGACGGUAGCUUUUUCAAAGUCCCCAUUAUUAUCUCCUCCACCACAGACGAAGGAAAGUUAUUCGCCCCCAAGGACCUCACAACCACAGAACAAUUCACAGCCUUCAUGGGAAACGUGAACCCAGGCCUCACCAAAGACGACCUCGCCGACCUCAUCGAUCUCUACCCAGACCCAGAAAACGAAACAAGCCCCUACCACAACUCGCCCAUCUCCACGCAAUUCAACCGCAUAUCCGCCGCAUACGGAGACUACUCCUACAUCUGCCCGGUCCAAGACACCGCAGACGUGAUGGCCAAAUCGAAGCUCAAAGACCGCUCCCCGCCCGUCUACAAAGCGCGCUUCAACACGCCGAACUGGGCGCCAGACUGGCAAGGGGUCCCGCACGCCAGCGACGGCGCCUACUUCAACGGCGUGCCGAACGUACAGUAUCCUGACAUCUCGACGCUGUAUGCGAGCUACUUCGCGAGUUUUGUCGUCAGCGGCGACCCGAAUAAGUAUUCUAUCGACAGCGCGCCGAUCUGGGACCGCUAUGAGGGGACCGGAGGUUCGGAGUUGGUGGUGGGGAGUCUAGAGGGGUUGGGCACGGCGAUAGAAAUAGAAGGGGAUGUCGAUACUGCCGGCAAGCAGGGCAUCAGGAUGGAUGCUUGUGCCUGGUGGCGGGACCCAGAUCGGAUGGACAGAUUACGCAAAUGAAGUGGAUUUUCGUGACGUGAAGUGAAUAGAUACCUCGGGCGUAUUUACCGUUGUUAUUGAUUUUUUUUUAUCCACUUUUCUUCUUAGUUGGUGUUUUUUUCGGUUAUUUUAUAAUGACUAUAUAGAAUCUGGCACGUACAUAGAAAACGGUUCGUGGUCUCUUUCUCAAUUAUUCUUUCCUGUGCGGAUUUACAAUCAAAGAAAUUUUGGCUGAAGCACACAACAGUUGAAAAAACGGUCGGUUAGCUCAGUUGGUUUAGAGCGUGGUGCUAAUAGCAUUCAUCCUAUGAUACGCCAAGGUCGCGGGUUCGACCCCCGUACUGACCAUUCUUUUUUUGCUAGUUUGUUGUACAUGUCAGAGGCAAUUGUAUCCGGCGAUAUAUCUAUGUUACUGGUUCGUUCGAAGCUGGCA